AUGGAGUACUGGAUGGAGUUAGCGGUCCACUAUUUAGUAGCGAUGCCCAUUUGUGGUGGCAGGCCGCUGUGGGCCGGAGGGCAUUUUGGACUUAGGGCGACUUCCUUGGGGAGUUCAACGCCAAGUAUUUCCCGAGACAGGGUCGUGAUCGUCUUCAGAUGCGGUUUAUGGACAUUGAGCUGGGUUCGCGUUUUGUACGCGAGUAUAUGCGGAGUUCAGCCGUCUGUUAGUGCAUGCGGGCUUUGGCAUGGAGGCUGA